GAUCUGGGAAGGUGAAGCGGUUAAGGUCGGUUCCGCCGCCGGUUCGUCCGAUUCUCUUUAGUGUUUGCCGUGUGUCGGUAGCGGGGAAGCGGCUCAUUCUCCUGCUUUGGCAGCGAAUGGAUUAAUUCGUUUCUUCAGAAAUCCAGCUUCACGUUGGCUUUUUGAAGAGAGGAGAUAGAUCCUGCUCCUGCAUAUUUCUGAUCUUAACCGAUACCUCUGAAGUCUUCUGUAAAUCUAAUCUUCCUAUAAGUUAAUGAAUUGGAAGUGCGAAAUGUCUCAGAUUCAGGUUCAUAACUCAUCUUCCAGUCUAUCUCAGCCUCAUAUGGGUAGUGCUGUUGGCCAGAGUAUUCCUUCUGGCCUCGGUCCUCUGGCAUCAGAAAGUGCAAGUAGACCACUUCAAAGCUCAGCUUUACCCUCUGUGUCUGCUACUUCCACCACCGCAGCUGCAGUUCCUUCAAACAUGGCAAACCCCAAAGAGAAAACCCCUAUGUGUCUUGUGAAUGAGUUAGCCCGUUUCAACAAGAUUCAACCAGAGUACAAACUUUUAAAUGAACUUGGUCCAGCUCAUGCCAAGGUUUUUACAGUGCAGCUGACUCUUGGUGACCAGCAAUGGGAAGCUGAAGGAAGCAGCAUUAAAAAGGCUCAGCAUGCAGCAGCCGCAAAGGCCUUGGUGGAAACCAGUCUCCCAAAACCACCACCUCGACCCCCACGUAAUGAUUCAAAAAAUCCUGACAGUGUUACUCCAACAGUAGAGUUAAAUGCCUUGUGUAUGAAAAUGGGAAAGAAACCGACCUACAGACCAAUUGAUCCUUAUCCUGGAUUAAGGCCAAGCUACAGCAUACUGAGAAAUAAUGCUUAUCCUCAAAGGUAUUUUUACCCUUUCCCUCCUGUUGGACCAGUCACUUACCAAGUUGAACUAGUAAUCGGAAACCAACAGUUCCAAGGAAAAGGAAGGUCCAGGCAGGCUGCUAAACAUGAUGCAGCUGCUAAAGCGCUCAAAGCUUUGCAAAAUGAAACCCUGCCAUCCAAAUUACCAACUAUUAAUGGCAAGGAAACAGAUGAUGAUGAUCUCAAUAAAUCUGAAAUAAGCCAAGUUUUUGAGAUUGCAUUGAAAAGAAAUAUGCCUGUCAACUUUGAAGUGAUAAAGGAAAGUGGCCCUCCUCACAUGAAAAGUUUUGUGACUAAAGUAAUGGUUGGAGAAUUUUCAGCAGAAGGAGAAGGGAAGAGUAAGAAAAUAUCUAAGAAAGCUGCUGCAAUAGCUGUUUUGGAGGAAUUGAAGAAACUUCCACAGCUCCCCACUGUAGAAAAAGUGAAACCACGCAUAAAAAAGAAAACUAAAUCAAUAGUAAAGCUACAGACAAGUCCAGAGUAUGGGCAAGGAAUGAAUCCAAUCAGCCGUCUAGCUCAAAUUCAGCAAGCAAAAAAAGAAAAGGAGCCUGAAUAUACAUUAAUGGUAGAACGAGGUCUUCCUCGCCUCAGAGAGUUUGUUAUGCGGGUCAAAGUUGGUGGUCAAGUAGCAGAAGGAAUGGGCCCAAAUAAAAAAGUUGCUAAACGAAAUGCAGCCGAGAAAAUGUUGGAGCUUUUAGGUUUUAAGGUUCCUCAGCCUCAGCCACCUAAACCAGCUUUGAAAACUGAUGAGAAGCCAACUUUGAAAGAACCUGUUAAAGGACGGAAAGUAACCUUCUUUGAACCCAAUUCCCCUGCAGAAGAUACUGCACCAGGUAAAGAUGGGUGUAUGCGUCUGGAAGAUGAAUUUCGAAUGCCUUAUCCCAGCCACCAGCAACUGCCUGCUGGAAUACUACCCAUGGUUCCUGAAGUAGCACAGGCUGUUGGAGUCAAUCAAGGGCAUCAUACCAAAGAUUACAACAGACCUGCAGCAAAUCCAGCAAUGGCCACAGUUACUGCAAUGAUUGCAAGAGAACUCCUGUAUGGUGGAACAUCUUUAACUGCUGAAACUAUAUUGAAAAAUAACCCUGCAGCCCGCAAGCCACUAAGUACCCUAACCAGACCUUCAGAACAAUUGGACUUUCUAGCUAGUGUUCAAGCAUUACAGGUUGAAUAUAAAGACUUCCCAAAAAACAACAAAAAUGAGUAUGUGUCAUUGAUAAACUGUUCUUCCCAACCACCUCUGAUCAGCCAUGGAAUUGGAAAAGAUGUUGAGUCCUGUCAUGAUAUGGCUGCUCUCAAUAUAUUAAAACUGUUGUCUGAGCUGGACCAACAAAAUGUAGAAAUAUCAAGAACAGGAAAUGGACCAAUUGCUGUAUGCGUGAAACAAGAAAUUGAUGGAGACACUCUCAUCAAACCGGCUAACUCAAACACUUUAGGACAAACACUGGAUGUCACUGACUGAAAGCCUUUUGUUUUUGACCCAAAGCUCCAAGCACCAGUGAAAAUCGGAUGCUUCCUGUCCUGUGACAUUGUAACUUAAGGUUUAGAGAACUACAGUUUGAAUCUUGCUGUAGUAUCUAAAUCAUUAAGUUACUUAACUUUUUAAAGUAUACAUUUCAACAUUAAUUCAAUUUUUUUUUGAUGAAGGAAAUUUAUUCCUAAUUUUUCAUUGGAACUUUGAAUUUCUGUUGAUGCUUCUCCAAACGUACAUUACAUGAUGAUUGAAAGGUUGCUUAACAAAAUCCAGGUCAUAUCCAACUUAUGUAGUUUAUUAUUUGAUAUGAAUUGGCCAUCAGUAGCAAACUUUUUGGUGUAACAAAACUUGGUGCUAGUUUAAAAAAAGUGGAGUGCCUCCAUUUUCUUUGUUAUUCCAAAAAAGAGAAAUUGAAACUCCAAAUUAACUGAGUAGAUAAUAAGAACUGUUUCUUGUUAUUUUUGAAAAAUUAUAUCGAGUUAAGUGUUCAGUCUUCUAGAUUAAGUUGUUUUUUUCUUAAUCUAGAAGAUUUUUUUUUACUUUAGUAACUGAAGGAAUUUUUGUUUUAUAUACACUUUAUUCUACAAAAAUAAUUUUCAAUAGUGGAAACGAAUUACAUUGUUGGAUAUGAUCUUUAACCUGGCUUAUACCAGAAAAUGCAGAUUACUGUACAUCUUGGUGCAGGGUAAAUUGUAAGAUGUUGUGUUGUACUUUAAUGCUUUGAUGUUCCAUGUGAUGUACACAAAGUGUGUACAGUAAACAUUUUGCUUAUUGUCCAAGUAAAGCACGAAACUACGUCAAAAUUGUUACUUUACUUUUGGACUUACUUCCCUCCCCAUGUACUGUACCUAUGGAAUGGAGAAGUAAAAAUUGGUGUUUGUGCAAAAGUACUGGUGGCUUUUAUUGGCAUAACACAUUUUACUAAUGUGAAGCUGAGUUAAAGGAGUUUACAACGGUAAAAAUUUUCUUUGUUUUGCAACCAGGUUUAAACAUUUGAAGCAUUUUAUUUUCCCCAUUUUCUUCCAUCAAACAUUUUUGGAAUCCUUUUCUAAUAGUUAUUUCUGUGUUAUAAUACCCUUCAUUGCAAGUGUAGAAGAAAAAAAUAUUAGCAUGAAUAGUUGCAGGAAAGUACUGUGAAAUAUCCCAAAUAUAACUUUAAAAAUUCUUUUGUUACAAAAAUAUAUUUGACUCCUUUAAAUCAUGCUACACGGGCCUUUCUCCAUUAUUGGUGGUAGAAUAGCUAACCUUAUAUAAGGUUUUUUUUUAACUUGACAGCAUCAUUCUGAAGAAUAACUUUCUUCAAAGUUGCACCUGAAUGACUUUUGAAAUCUGCAACAAAUAUCAGACUUUUAAAAGUGGGUUAGAAGCUCUAAAGAUGACUGAUGGAACUGUGGAGCUUUACUAUAUUAAAAGUUCAUUUAACUAAAACGUAAUUGUUUAAAACCUGUUUUGAUUCAAAUGUUGGUAUAGAGACAAAAGUAUUGCUGAGUUUGGCACAAAAUAGAAUUAGCUAAUAAUGACUAAAUACGGUGGAUUCUGGUCAAUUAGUCCAUUGGUUUAUUGGGGCAGCUGCUUAUUUGGGACAAAAAGAACAAAAACUAAUCGAAAAUAGGUGGAAUUUCCUCCUUUGGGAUACUGUGUUUAAUUGGGACAGGAGACUGUUGCUCAAGUUUCUUACUCGUUAGUCACGUGCACUUGUGCAGCCGUUAAACACUACACUGUGCUUAGAGUAAACAGUUUUUAAAUAUCAACAGUUGCAUGUGUUUCUGUUCCAGUAAGCAGUGAUUUUUGUCACUGAUGGUUGGUGAGAAAGAAGCAGUAAGACAAUUCAGAAUGUGUGCUUAGUGUGGUUUCAAGCAUUCAGGCUUAGAGAUGCCAGAAAUGACCGGGAGUGAAAAUGAAAUGACUUCACUCCUUAAACAGGUUAGGAACUACAAAGAAUUCAAAGGUAUUGAUAAUCAUCUUGAACGUUACAAUGAAAAUGUACCUUGAAAGAUGCAAUUGCAUGAAGGCAAUCCAUCAUCUGUGCUAAGUGUGCUGAUUUUGUUCAUUUGCAGUUAAUGAAAAGAACUCGGCAGGUACACGAGAUGAAUUUCUCCCUCAAUAACUAUAAGGAAGUACAGUUUUAUAGAACUGUGGUAGUAUUGGUAGUAUUCUAAUCUGCAUUUCAUUUAAAUACACAAUUUGUUACUUAGUUAAAUGGUAGUUUGUGUUUUUAAACUUUUUUAACUAUCUCCAUGAAAUUGCAGCUAAUUGAGGCAGCAGCUGAAUUGGGCCAAAAUAUACUGGUUCCCAUGUGUCCCAAAUAACCAGAAUCCACUGUAAUUUUGUUUUUGACAUUUGUGAUUAAAAAUUCUUAAAGCAAUUGCAUGAUUUAACCUGAGCGAAACCACUAUUACAAAAUAUCGGGAAAGAUCUAGCUGAAAAUUGCAUUUUGUGCAUCUAUAGUGUGUCUCAGCUGAAGGACAGUAUUAUUAAGCUUUGAUUUGGAGUUUGUUUGAUAUUUUCUUAUUCCAUAUAUAAAAUCCGAGUAACUGUGUUGUCCUAAUUUGACUUCACUGUGAUACAGUGCAUGUUAUGUUUUCCCAAACUGACCUACAGAAAUCAAUAUGUAGCUAUUGUUCCUAAGAAAAUUGGUGCUCUGAAUGCAUAGUUUAAGUCCACUGAGGUCAUUUAAAAAAGAAUGUGAAGUUCACUUUAAUCCACCUACAGGUCGAUGACAAGAUAUCAGUUUUUAACAUCCAAUCGGAAAAUUCAAUUCUACCUACAAAGCUAAUCUACACUAGAUUGUAGGAUUGAAUUUGACUAUAGUAAAUUUGUCAAAACUGCUUUGAGCAAAAGUUUAAUAACUUUUUUUUCUGAUGGAUGCAUCAUUAUGUGUCUGCUCUUUAAUCUUCAAAUAGUGAGUAACUUGUAGUUAUUUCUUGUAGGCAGAUACAGCAAACAUUUAUUUUAAUGUAGCCAGGUACAGCAAACUUUUAUGCACAACAAAAUCCCACGUUACAAUGAGAUGAAUGUUCAUGUAGUUUGUAGAGGAAUACUUCCUUGUCUUGACUGCAUCCAAGAAAUGUGCAUUAGUAAUUACAGCUAAAAUCCUGAUGCAGUGGAAGAUUCGCUUGUGUAUUCCCUGUUGACUACACUGGGUGAUUUUCUUUUAUUUUAAGUAAAUGCUCUCAAAAUAAAUACAUCAAAAUAGUCUCAUUAAAUUUUGGGCCAUUGUAACUACUUGUGUUGUUGCUCCACAAUUCAAGCUACUUGGCAACUGGAUAUUGCUGAACUAAGUGAGUUGCCAAGCAGAGAAAUUUAAUGCUGUUCUCUAGUUAUAAAUGUUUUUUGAAAUUUAUUUGCACCAACAUAAAUCUUUUUCAGUAUAUUUUAUUUUGGUCUAUAAAUAGGAUUUGAAAUUUUAGUUUUGAGGUGUCUUUAGUUCUCUCUUUAGUAAAGCCUGAUAUCUUUUGAUUAUUAAAUUUGUAAUUGGAUAAAAUUUAAUAAAUUGCAGCAAAAUGGUCUUGACGUUCUUGCAAAUUCAAAAUUGUCCAUUGCUGCCCACGUUUUCUACUAAUUUAUCCCUGAUUAGAAUGUACUACAUAUGAUUGCCCAGUCUUUGUAUAGUCUCUGCAUGUUAACGGGGCAGAAUAUAUAACAGACUUUUGAAAACUGCAGUUCAUAUAUUUUACAAAGUAAAGUAAAUCAAAUUUAACUGGGAUUUUGAGUAUUUCAGUUAUUCUAACGAGCAGACCUCAGACAGACAGAAUGCACAGCUGCUCCUCCCUCCCCAUCAGUCCUCGACAUGGCUGCCUCCUGAGCGAUGUGCUGAGCCUAUUGCUCCACACUGCUCACACAUGACUACACAGCCAAACAAACACCCGAUCAAUCAUGUUGUCAAGUUCGCCGACGACAUGACAAUGGUGAGGCUAAUCAACAAUGAUGAGACCGCCUACAGAGAGAAGGUGGAAGAGCUUGAGGCUUGGUGCGAGGCAAAUGACCUCCUAAUGUCACCAAGAUAAAGAGGAUAGCUAUUGAAUCAGGUGAACAGCAGUUUCAAACUCCUGGGAGUGUACAUGACACUCAACCUCUCAUGGUCCCAGAACACAUCAUGCAGUGUUAAAGCUCACCAACACCUCUACUUGCUGAGGAGGCUGAAGAGAGCUGGAGUUUGCACAGCCAUACUUGUGUCAUUCUACAGAUACGCUUGGAAUGGAAACUACUGCAGUGGACAGGAAGGCUAUAUAAUGGCUAGCCUUGUGCCAUCCUACCCAUUAUAUCAUGGGAUUCUACACACCCUCUCUGCUCAUGGACUGCUUGUCUCACUCCCAUGAGGGAGGAGGCUACGUAGCAUCCACACCAGGAUCACCAGACUCAAAAAUGGUGACUUUCCCUAGGUAGUAAUGCUAAUCAACUCCUCCACUACUUUAUUACUUCCUGUUAGUCUCCUUAUAUACAGCCUACUGUCAUUUACUGGAUAAGCUAUAUAUAUAUAUAUAUAUACUAAUUUAUGGAUUUAUAUGUAUCAUAUUUUAAAUUGUAUUUAUCUUUUAUGUUUUUUUGUGCUGCAUAAGAUCUGGAGUAAUAAGUAUUUUGUUCUGCACUUGUGUACAGGAAAUUACGUUAAAUAAUCUUGAAUCUUAUUAAUUUAAAAAAAUACAUAAGCCCUCUUUUAAGCAGAAAUAAAAUCUUCCAUUAUAUUUUGAUCUUGA